CGUAAAGAAAAGAACUCACGUGACCUUCCCAAUUCCAUCAUUUGAGGAAUAUACGACAGUUAUUUGUCUCGCUAAACCUCGGCGUUGUUUACUUCCUGCAGCGCGCUUUAACGCAGAUUAUUAAUCCGUAUGAUGGUCUGUAAACGAACAGAGGGAUUCUAGCGACAUUCACGGACCGAUCAGGUUUGUUUUUAAGGAAAGCUGAUAUUGAAGUCUGUUUGGAAGUGAAGGAACACACUGAGCGGUCAUUAUGGCAGAAAACAACUUUCCUCCUCUUCCUCGCUUCAUUCCCCUCAAGCCAUGUUUUUACCAAGAUUUCAAUGAGAUCCCAGACCAGCGUCGCACCAUGUGCAAAAGGCUCUAUUACCUAUGGAUCUUGAAUAGUGCCACACUAGCCUUUAAUCUGAUCGGCUGCCUGGCGUGGAUGUGUGGAGGCGGUGGAGCGACCAACUUUGGUAUGGCCAUCCUGUGGCUCAUCCUCUUCACCCCCUGCUCCUACGUCUGUUGGUUUAGGCCCAUCUACAAGGCCUUCAAGACUGACAGCUCUUUCAACUUCAUGGCGUUCUUCUUCGUCUUCAUGGCCCAGGUGGUGAUCAGUAUCAUCCAGACUGUUGGCAUUCCAGGUUGGGGGGUGUGUGGCUGGCUGGCUACCAUCACCUUCUUCAGCACCAAUGUCGGCUCAGCUGUGGUGAUGCUGAUUCCCACCAUCAUGUUUACUGCGGUAGCCGUGCUCUCCUUCAUCGCCCUCACAAAGGUUCAUAACUUCUACCGUGGUAGUGGUGGCAGCCUGGGCAAGGCCCAAGAGGAGUGGGCCACUGGGGCCUGGAAGAAUCCCCACGUCCAGCAGGCAGCUCAGCAGGCUGCCAUGGGAGCCGCUCAGGGAGCCAUGCAGCCGAACCAGAACCAGUACUCAGCAGCUCCCACCUACAACUACGACGACCCAAUGUAGGGCGAGGGGGGGGAGGGCAGCCUGCCGAGUGGGAGAGAUAUAAAAGGGAUCAAUUAAGAACACAAUUCAGAAUUAGGUGCCCUUCAUUAUAAUGUGUAGGAUGAGUUCAUGAAGAGAAAAGUCAUGUUUUUGGAUGCGAAUAAUUCAUUCAGUUCCCAGUUCAGUUAAGUCAUUCCGUUAUUAGAAAGUUGUUGUUUUUUUAAAAUUAUUUUUAUUUUAUGCUGCUCAGUUUUAGCUGGUCAAUGUGAGUUGUGUUUAAAUGGAGACGUAUAAUAAUAAUAAUCCCCUGUGCUCCAUGACUUCAUUCAGGUGGAUUUACAACACAUGUAACUUUAUAUUUAAUGUGUUUAAGGAACUAUAACCGUGAAACAUGUGUUUACUUUUCUUCAGCGAUCAGGUCAACAAAUGCUUGAACUAGUUACCGCACAUGAAGAGAUUCCCAGUUAAAGGAACGGUUCAACAUUAUGGGAUUAUGUGCAAUUUACAUUCUUGCUACUCUUAACCAAUAAAUAUGAAAAACAAAUAAAACAAUGACUGCCCAAAUCAUAUAAACAAUAAACGAGCUUAACUAGUGAUAAUAUGUUUAUCAGUAAUUAAUUGGAGAGAGCUGUAGCUUCAGUAUUCAGAAACGUUUUCUCUGUGGAGGGCAGCAUUGCACGUCAAAAUGAUUAUUAUUAUUAUUAGAAGGAAAACUGUAGAGGUGCAGACAGAUCUGUGCUGCAUCCAUUUAAACUGGAACUCAUGAUGCACCACUGGUAUUCUGCUUCCUGUCUGGUUGUAGAAGCUCUUUAUUUACCAAAAACUUGUAGUAAAACACUGAAUUUAUUGCCAAAUGUGUCCCUGUAAGUUGGUAUGUUGUAAGACAUAAAUUUAGGAGGAUAUUUUGAUGUGAAUAUGGGCCCAGGUAAACUAAAGUUAUAUGUUGAAGAAGAGAAAUUAAAUUUGAACAAAAUAAAUGAAUUAGACAAUUUCUGCUGGAAAUGUUUUUACCUGUGACAUAGGUCUUACCUAUAAUAAGAAGUCAUUAGCUUGACGCAGUGAAGAAACUUUCUUACAGUUCACAUUUUGAUGACCUGAUUUUUUUGUUUUUUAAUCCACACUUCUUUUUUUUACAUUUCUCAGGAAAUUUGUGAUGGCUGGUUUUAAAUUCUACCUUUAAAGCCCUUAAACGGUCGACGUUUUCUGGCUUUUGUCUCCUCUUUUCACCACUAUUCCACCAUCAUGGGGGGCGCUUGGUUCCAUCCAAUCCUAUGCGUUGAGCAGUUAAACGUCUUAUUCCACGUUUGAAGUGAAGCACAUGCAGUAUUUAGGAUUGCAGUUCUUUGGAUAAAAAAAAACAUUCCAAAUCAAAACUGUACAGGUUACACGAGAGAGAAAAAACCAAAACACUCGCAGGUUGAACACACAGUAAAUAUUAGAAUAAUCAUCGUUGUUGGCUGUCAUAGCGUUGUAUGAAGUGAUGGACAUUUCCCCCACUUCUUAACCCCUACAUGUAAAUGCUUAAAUGGCUAUACUUGUUUCUGGAGCUCUGGCCUCACUCCGCGUGUCAUUUCGUGGCUAUUGAUGUUAUUCCAUGAGUUGGUGUGAUAUGACAUGUAUAUAAAAGAAAGAUAGAAUAUACAAUUGCAAAAAAUUGCCACUUAUUUCUUGAAGACGUGAUAUUGAAAGAGAGAGAAUAUUUGUGUGUGUGUGUGUGUGCGUACCUUGUGAGGCCCUACGGGUUUAUGUUUCUUUCUUUCUUUCAGUUAAAAGGUGAAGUCACUUUAAACUCUUCAAGAUUCAGUAGUUGGUUAUUGCAGUAAUAUACAGUAUUAGACUUGAAACAGAUGUGAAGAUACGUAUUUGAAUGCUCGUUAUUUCCGAUCCUGUGAGUCGUCUCGUCUGAUUGUGAUGGUGUGGUGUUUAAUAGUUAUUUGUUUCGCUUUUUUUUAUAUCAACCUUAUGUUUUUUUGUGUGGUUUUCUUUGAAGAAGCGCGCGUGUGUGUGUGUGUGUGUGUGAAGUACGUGUUUACUGUGUCUCUCCGUGGCUCUGGGUAAUCAGAUCUUUGAAGGUGUUUUGUUAAUUCUAUCAUUUUUAAUCAGUGUUUUGCGCUGGGUCACCUGCUGACAGUGCAAGCGUCCUUCACCGUGUGACUCACCGUGUAGCAAUACGAACAUGACAUAUUUAACAGUAGAGUUAAUAGUGGGGUCCUGUUGUGCAGGCCUCACAUAUACACACGCACUUGUUAUGAAUUAGAGGAAUGGGGCCUUUUUCGCUCUCUUCUGUUGGACAACACUUAGUAUAAUUUUACAAUUAGGUAACAUUUUCACCAGCAGAUGCAUAUACAGUAGUUAGGAAAUACAACCCUAAAAAUCAUCCACAUGCUCAAAUGAAGAUGGACAGAGAAGUUUUCUCUCGAGGCGGCAGCGAGUUAGAAGUAUGAGCUUCCUGUCGUAUGUACAUACAGCACCGUGACCGUGUUUAUGGACAUUUUAUGGACAUCUUCAGCGCGCCGGGGAGAUUAUACUCUCUGCUUCACAUUCCUGUUUCAAAGCUUCUUGACAGCCAUUUCCACUCGACCUUCCCCGCGUUCCCCAUAUGUGACGUGUGUUGUUGGAUAUGUAUUUAUCAUGUACUAUAAAUAAGUAGAUAUGAAUAUAUAAUGACUUAACGAUGGGGUAAAUAUUUGCCAUUGAUAUACACUCUCAGUAGGAACAUGCUCUAAUUAGGUGAAUGAAACAUUUCAGGAGGCUGUGUCUCCAUUAGUGGAGUAAAUGAGGAAUACAUUUUUGUGUAUUACUUUUUGUAUUAUUUGGUCUUACCCUAAGAGAUAAUAAAUAGUUCUUGUUGCAUCUUC